CAACUGCAGGAAUUGUGGAAGACUAGGAUAAUGUGGGUGUCACCUACAGUGUUUGUUGUUUAUUUCACUUGAGGCCCUUUUUCAGUAAAGCCAUCACCUGGCCUUGGUCCCGUUGAACUGGCAGCUGUCAUUGCUGGACCAGUCUGCUUCGUCUGCAUCUCACUCAUGCUGAUGGUCUAUAUCUGCCAUAAUCGCACUGUCAUUCACCAUCGAGUGCCAAAUGAAGAGGAUCCUUCGUUAGAUCGCCCUUUUAUUUCAGAGGGUACUACAUUAAAAGAUUUAAUUUAUGAUAUGACAACAUCGGGUUCUGGAUCAGGUUUACCGUUGCUUGUUCAAAGAACAAUUGCAAGAACUAUUGUGUUACAAGAAAGCAUUGGCAAAGGUCGGUUUGGAGAAGUUUGGCGAGGAAAGUGGAGGGGAGAAGAAGUUGCUGUUAAGAUAUUCUCCUCUAGAGAAGAACGUUCAUGGUUCCGUGAGGCAGAAAUUUAUCAAACCGUAAUGUUACGACAUGAAAACAUCUUGGGAUUUAUAGCAGCAGACAAUAAAGACAAUGGCACAUGGACUCAGCUCUGGUUGGUGUCAGAUUAUCAUGAGCAUGGAUCCCUUUUUGAUUACUUGAACAGAUAUACAGUUACUGUGGAAGGAAUGAUAAAACUUGCUCUUUCCACAGCAAGCGGUCUUGCCCAUCUUCACAUGGAGAUUGUUGGUACCCAAGGAAAACCUGCCAUUGCUCACAGAGAUUUGAAAUCAAAGAAUAUCUUGGUAAAGAAGAAUGGAACUUGCUGUAUUGCAGACUUAGGACUGGCAGUAAGACAUGAUUCGGCCACAGAUACAAUUGAUAUUGCUCCAAACCACAGAGUGGGAACAAAAAGGUACAUGGCCCCUGAAGUUCUAGAUGAUUCCAUAAAUAUGAAACAUUUUGAAUCCUUCAAACGUGCUGACAUCUAUGCAAUGGGCUUAGUAUUCUGGGAAAUCGCUCGACGAUGUUCCAUUGGUGGAAUUCAUGAAGAUUACCAGCUGCCUUAUUAUGAUCUUGUACCUUCUGAUCCAUCAGUUGAAGAAAUGAGAAAAGUUGUUUGUGAACAGAAGUUAAGGCCAAAUAUUCCAAACAGAUGGCAGAGCUGUGAAGCCUUGAGAGUAAUGGCUAAAAUUAUGAGAGAAUGUUGGUAUGCCAAUGGAGCAGCUAGGCUUACGGCUUUGCGGAUUAAGAAAACAUUGUCACAACUCAGUCAACAGGAAGGCAUCAAAAUGUAAUUCUGCGCCUUUGCCUGAACUCCGCUUUUUCUUCACUUUGCUCC